GAACCAGAACCAGAACCAGCAUAAGAACCGCAAAGUCCAUUCACCUCUCCCAUGUCACGUCAUUGUCUUGUCACAUUCAAUCGUAGCCGUGUCAUUAGCUAGUCAACAAUAAUGACGGGGGGAGUCAAACGAAAGAACCCGCCUCGGGGCGCAGCUCGAGUCGAGCAGGUCGCCAAGAAGCGUACAUCAACACCUCCGGAGAGGGCAGUGGCAUCUGCCCAACCGCCACCACCAGCAGUCCCGGAGCCAGAGCAGGAACCUGAGCCAGGGCAAGAACCUGUGGUCCAGGAACCACAACUGCCCACAUCGAUACAAGCAGGGAAUCCAUUACCAACCGUAGAGAAUGCCCAGUCAGAAGAGCUAUCCGGCAAGGACUACCAGUCGAUACAAGAGAGCGGCGUUCUUGCAGAAUCCCUUACACGGUCGCGGCAGAAAUGGAUAAACGAAGGCAUAUUUGAGAAAUACUGGACAAAGCCGGUCAAGCGAAAAGGCGUGGUCAAGGAGGAACCGAACAACCCGCCCAAGGACAGCAUGCAGAAGAUUGGAAACAUCAUUAUCACCAUCGAGCCUCACCUCGUCGAAGCCACAAUGUUUGGAAUCAAGGACAACACCAAAUCCACUGCCCCGACGACCAACUCGACCUUUCGACCUGUAAUGCAAUAUGGCCCGCCAAAUGGUGUCAUGCCGCCGCCGCCUCCACCACCCAAGCCGUCCACGCCUGCGACUCCGACCACACCCUCCGCUGUACCGGCUUCUCCUUCCCAAGCUCCAGCGCAGCCAGCACCUCCAUCAGGCACACCUUUGCAGCCACCCACGCAGGCACCAGCUGUCUCUUCGCAGUCUUAUCCAUCGGGCCAACCGCCGUCUGCCGAUUCCCAACGAUCCCAAUCUGCUGCUCCUUUGCCCAACCUCCCGCGCGUCUCGCCCAGUACCGGUCCUGGCUCGGUACUUGCAGCUCCGGGAGCGCCACCUGUUCCACAGGCACCACAGGCACCACAGGCAUCCCAGCCCCCUUUGCGGUCUCCUGCGCCUCAGUCACAGGCGCAGCAACCCUUGGCCUCACCAGCAACCACGACAGCUCAGCCGGGCUUGUCAAGACCACAGGCGCCUAGCCCUAGCCCUACGACAGCCGGCACGCCAACUACCCCUGGGGCGCAGAAACCGCCUACACCAGGCGUGCAGUCUGCUACGCCGGCGCCCGCUGGUGCUGAUCCAAUAAUUGUAACGCUUGCCGAAAAGGCCUCCCACGAUCCUCACCUCCGUGAUCUCAUGAAGAGAGUGGCCGUCGGGCAAGCUGCACCAGAUGAGUUGGCCGAUUUUCAAAAGAUUAUCGAUGCAAUCACAAGAGAGUACAAGAAAAACGGAGGACAACAAGGCCCCUCAGCUGAUAGGCUUAUCGUUGAUGGCCGUACCGUCAAGUAUUUUGCUGAUGAGGUCCGAGCUAUACUUGACAUUGUUUUGGCUUCAAAUCCGCAACAAAAGGCAUCGGAUUUGAGGGUGCCUGUUGACAGUGAUCCAUUGGUCAUUCUACUUGUCAAGAAAGCCUUAGAAGAUGGUACAACAAAGAACAUGGUUCGGCGGGUGGCAACUAAUCAGGCGAAGUUCUCUGAUGCGACCGACUUGAAGGCCAUUCUGGACAGACUCAAAGAUCUGGUUUCGAAGGGCGGUGUGAAAGCAGAAGUACAACCGCCUGUCGCCAAUGCUUCCAACACGGUGGCCAAUGGUGCUUCUGCGAGGAAAGCGUCUGUCUCACAGGCAUCAGCAGCGCCAACCUCACAACAAGCUUUACGUUCAAAAGGCCCUCCCCCAAGUUUCAGGACCGAGUUCUCAGCAAUUGCCCUCGAAUUCUCCGGCGGCACAGGUGACAGGUAUCUAUUUCCUAAGUUCAGUAUACUCGAGUACCAGCCAGGUGCUUCUCAAGUUCUUGCCUCGUUCCUCAUCGUACGUAAAGGCAGUAAAUCCGAGUAUGGUGGUGACCCUGCUCUGGACUACUAUCAACCCAUGACAAUCCGAAUAUCUUCACCUUCUGGGAAGCAUCUCGAGCAGAUCGCUAGAGUCGUAGCUCCCCAGGAUGAAGUAAGGCGAUAUAUGGAUGACAUUAUGGACAACAUGACGCGUGCCGAGUACAUAUUACUAGCGAUGCGGCUGCCUCGAUCAGAUAAAGAAGAUCGGGCAGAAGAGCGCUCCGAAACGCCCAAGUUUGACCGCCAGCUAGCCCAACCUCAACCACAGCAGGGUAUUUUGUGGACAGCGAAGACCGCGCCAGCGAAACUGGCACCGCAGCCAGCAGCGAAAAUGAUUACAGACGAUGAGCAGUACCAGAGCUUCAUCGCUACUGUUAGCUAGAAGCAACGUAGAAGAAGAAAGCGAGGGUUCGCCUAGCCACGACACUAGAGCAUGAUAUUCAAUACAAGGGGUUCAAGGCGUAAGAUAUGGUACGAACAAAGAUUCUACAGGGGCCUGAUUGCGAUUUACAAUUAUUCGUGGGGUCUGCUUUUAUUUGCAUAUAUCGAUACCUCAGGAUGUUUAGUGACGAAGAGCAUUGUAAG